AUGGCCGGUGGCCUCACCAAGUACCGCCAUCUCGGCCGCAAGUCGUCGGCGCGCAAUGCCUUGUUGCGUGGCCUCGUGACGUCCCUCGUCCAGCACGAACAUAUCCAAACCACAUACGCGAAAGCGAAGGAGGCCCAACGGCUAGCCGAGAAGCUGAUUACUCUGGCCAAGCGCGACAACGAGCCCUGCAGACGAUCGGCGCAGGGUAUCCUCUAUCUGCCUCACAUCCACCUACCCAAGCUUUUUGGCCCCCUAAAAGAACGAUACAUGGACCGCGAAGGCGGCUACACCCGCGUCGUCCGCACCGAGCCCAUGAACACCUACGACCAGGCCGAGAGCGCCAUCCUCGAGUUUGUCGACGGCGAACGCGACUCGCGCUUCAUGAUGACGGCCAAGACGGUGGCCCGUGACCGCAUGCUUGGCAUGGAGCACAGAGACUUGACGCGCGAGAAUAUUGAAAAGGUGACAAAGCACCGGGGCGAGGCCGAGUUCGAGGCCAUGGUCAAGAGAUAUAUGGUCAAGGACAUUAAACGCAACCGCGACCCGACUCGCAAGAGGGUGCCCAAAGCCGAUGUCUCUAUUGGCGAUGUCGAGUAG